AAAAUAAUUGGCACCUAUUGGAGGGUUUGUGUGUUAGACACGAUGUCUGAUGUGUGUUAUGUAAUAAGGCUUCUUCUUUAGCUGGCUUCUGCAGCUGUCUGCAGUGUGUGCAGUGACUGUAGCUAUAGUUAUAUUGUGUGUGUGAGUUAGUGUGUAGGACUCAGCUACUCCAAUCAAUAGAGAUGACUCAGACCUCAGCCUCCAUACAGUGACAAAGUGUAAUAUUGAAAAACACUGACAAGUUCAUCACAAUCUCUCGAUGUCCAGGAAUAUUGGAAAAAUUUUAUUUUAAAUCGUACAGAUGUGGUCUUGUUUAUUAAUGAUUAAUACCUGGAAUAGGAAGUCUCACUAAUCAGUGAUUAUUUUAUGGUAUCAAAGAGAGGCAGUGAGGGAUAUAUCUCAUGUUCCAGACAGUUUUGUUUUCUACUGUACAAAACCAAAGGAAUUCCAGUGCAGCUUUUUUGUGAGAGAAUGCUGGUGAAUGUGCUGUACAGGAUUUCCUAUCUAUAAAUCAAAGGAGUUUAUGGGAAUGGCAGGUGAAAAGCUCACUACAGCUGUGUUUAAUUUGGUGAAGUUAGUUGGGGGGUUACAGUAAUGGAGGAUCACUUAUACCUGAGCCCCGAGGAUUUAGAGGAGGGGGACCUAGUGAUAGGAGAGGACUCAUCGUCCAGUCACGACUCCUCCAGCCAGGCGAGUGAUGACGGCGAGGAUCUAAACGAUGACGUGAACGAGGAGGAGGCAGAAGAUGAUAGCGAUGAAGAAGAAGACAUUUCCCCCAAUGACAUAGGUCCACAUAAGUCAUUUAACAUCCCCGUCACAGCCAGUGUACAGAAUGGUCACCAGACAAACAAACAGACCAGUACAGAUGUCCUCAGUAAACUACAGGAACUCUACACUGAAAGAUCUGCUAUAUUGACCUACAUUGAGGAGGAAGACAGACAGAGGAAAUGGUACAUCUCCCAGCUAGACAACGUACGGCAGAGACUGGAGAAGAUCCCUCAUACAGACGGGUAUCCCAAAGACAAAGAGUUGAUGCGACGUAAGAUAGAAUAUGAAGGUAAACAGAUCCAGGAGAUGUUUCUACAGAACCUGGGGACAGCCGAGCAAAUCUCCCAGAGACAGGAAGUCCGUCUGUCACGAAUUAGCUCCAUAGAGACCGAAAUGCUGGAACUCCAAAAAACAAAGAAACUCAAGGUUGGUGGGGAGAAGGAAGUGAGUGGCAUACUUUAUCAGGAGGAGAGUGUGGGGGUUAAUAUAGCCUCCCUGUAUCACGGGGCGUGGCCCCUCAGCACCAACACUAAAGAUGGAUCACGAGAAGGCUCCAGUCACGGGUCCGGUCACCAGGAGAUCGCCAGUAUCAUGAGCUUUAACUCCGCCAACACUAACGCCACACAGCCACCACAGGCACCGCAAUCACCACGGCAACAUGGCCAGCCACUCAUGUCAGGCGCCUUUACAAUGUCGCAGGGACACCAAGCUGAUGGGGGUCCAGCAGGGCAGACACCGCAGCAGCUCGGAACCAAGGUGGAGAUGGUGUAUUCAUUGCUGUCUAUGUUGGGAACACAUGACAAAGAUGAUAUGUCAAGGACACUGCUAGCCAUGUCUAGUUCACAGGACAGCUGUAUAGCCAUGAGACAGUCAGGCUGUCUGCCUCUACUGAUACAGCUGUUACAUGGUAGUGAUAAGGACUCUGGACUGCUGGGUAACACUAGAGGCAGUAAGGCAGCGAGGGAGCGGGCGGCGGCGGCCCUACACAACAUCGUCCACUCUCACCCCGACGACAAGCGGGGCCGCCGCGAGGCCCGAGUCCUGAGGUUCCUGGAACAGAUCCGGGCUCACUGUGACCAGCUGAGGGAGAUACAGAGUGAUGGACAGGAGGUGUCAGAGGAUAUGGACCACCAGCCAGGCCCUGCUGUAGCAGCCCUGAUGAAGCUGUCAUUUGAUGAAGAACACCGCCACGCCAUCUGUAGUCUAGGUGGAGUACAAGCUAUAGCGGAGUUGUUAGAGGUGGAUCACGGAGUUCACCUCUCUGAGGUGGAGCUGUAUAACAUCACAAUGCGGCGGUAUGGCUGUAUGGCCCUCACUAACCUCACGUUCGGGGACGGGACUAACAAGGCCCUGCUGUGUUCUAUGAGGAGUUUUAUGGAGGCCCUAGUGGCUCAGUUACACUGUGAUUGUGAGGACCUCAACCAGGUAGCUGCCAGUGUUCUCCGUAACCUGUCCUGGAAGGCUGACCUUCAGAGUAAGAAAACACUGCGAGCUGUAGGGGCAGCCACCAAACUAAUGGGAGCCGCCAUGAGAGUCAAGAAGGAGGCCACCCUGAAAAGUAUUCUUAGUGCUCUGUGGAACUUGUCAGCUCAUGGAAGUGAAAACAAAGCCGAGAUUUGUGCUGUGGAAGGAGCUCUAGAAUUCCUUGUUAGUACUCUCACCUACAAAAGUCCUUCAAAGACUACUGCAGUGAUAGAAAAUGGAGGCGGUGUUUUACGUAAUAUCUCUAGUCAUAUCACAGUGCGUGAAGACUACCGCCAGAUUCUACGCAAACAGGGCUGUUUACAAAUUCUUCUUAAACAACUGCGCUCACCAAGUCUGAACAUUGUCAGUAAUGCUUGUGGCACUUUGUGGAACUUAUCAGCAAGGUGCGCUGAAGAUCAGAAGGCCCUACUGGAUAUGGGGGCAGUGGGAAUGUUACGAAAUCUCGUAAACUCAAAACAUCAGAUGAUUUCUAUGGGAAGUUCUGCAGCUUUAAAGAACCUUCUGACUGCGUGUAAUAUCAAAACUAUGGGAAUGGACAAAAAAGCUUUUUCAAACCGACCGUCCUUACAUGUGCGUAAACAGAAAGCUCUUGCAGAGGAAAUAGAUCAGAGUUUGUCAGAAACGUGUGAAAAUGUGGAAAGUCCUCGAGACAGUCCCACAGAAAAUGGUCGAUCAGACAAGGAUCAAAGUCGUUUCCAUUUCCCAGCUAACUCUGGUGUAUGUAAUGAUGGAGAGAGAACACAGAAUAGAGGACACAGCUUCCCUAAGAGUCUGAGUGGUGAGAACACGCCUAUGUCUGACAGUCACCUCAUGUCUCCUCACCGCGUGGCUCGCUCUGGGAGCCAGGACAGUGUAGGAAGCACCCACUCCGACAUUUCUCAUGACAGGACACGAUUCCACAUGGCCAUGAAGAAAGCCAAGAGUAUGACUGACAGACAAGGAGGGAGUCUGGACAGACAGCAGGGGAACAUGAUCCCCAGAGUCCACUCUGAUGGCAGCUGUGAGGACACUCCACAACCCAGCAGCAGGAUCAUCCAAGUCAUGAAGGAAGUAGCAAAGCAUGCUGGGAUUGAUUCAGACUCGGGGUCCAAGGGCAGUUCUCAUUCACAGACCAGCACACCUAGAAAAAUGGAUUCAUCUUAUUCCUACUCUCAGUCUUUAUUGGUUAGAAGUUACACCGGCCCCAGUUUAAGCCAGGGGCAUGGAACUCCAUUUGGUGGUCAGUUUGGGAAACUUCCUUACUCCAGCAGCAUGGAUAGUGAACAACCCAUUGAUUAUAGUAUGAACAAAUCAAUCAAAUCACCAAUACCUCUCAAGUAUGGCAAUUAUGUAGGGCAGUCUUAUGAACAACAACACAUCAAUUCAGUCAACAUGCAUCAUUCUUAUAAUGGACCACAGAAAGCGGCUCAAAACUUGUUCAGCCUAUCUCAACACAGCUCUGUGUAUGCAGAAACAGACCUAGACUGUGAACAGCCUACAGACUAUAGCCGUAGGUUUGCUGAGAGCCAUGAGGAUAGUGAUGGAGAUCAACCCUACGACAUUCGAUAUGAGGACAAUUGUGCAGAUUGUAAACUCGAUAUAGCAAGAAGAACUAACGACAGACUGGAAUUCCUUCCUGGUUAUAAUGAUGACCAAAUCAAAACAUUCUGCACCGAGGGAACGCCUCGUAAUUAUCUCUCUACAGCCAACUCCCUGACAGACCUCAGUAAGGGAGAGAAGGAGGACACACAGAAGGAACAGACAGAUGAGGAAGAAGAGGAGGAGGAGGAUUAUCAGUACGAGGAGGAGGAGUCAGGGUCCAUAGAGAAGAGGAGUGGGAGUGGCAGUCAGAGCACCAAUCAAAACACAGGAACCACAGUCAUAGCCAGCUACCACGUGGCUACCAAAAACCUCCAACAGGUCGCCUGUAGUAAGUCACCCAGUCAGGACGAGAGCAUCAGUAGGUCAUUUCAUGCCCCAAAUGAAAAUGACAAUUCACCAGACCAAGUCAAGACGUACUGUGAAGAAGGCACUCCUAUCUGUUUUUCUAGAGUGAGUUCACUAAGUAGCCUCCACAGCAGUGAAGCUCAGGAUAGACAAGUGGAGGCCAACAGAUCAAAUCUAAGAAAUUCUAGAGGAUUACACAGUAUAGACGAAAAUGACAGUGCCAAAACUCCUCCUAGGGAUGUCAAAGUGGUGAAUUCUAUAAUGGCUCCUCCAAAAUACACACAAAACUCAGGACGCCAAAAACUUCUGAGUGAAUCUGAUUCACAAGGACCAGAUAGUGCUGAAAAAGAACACAAGACAGUUACAUUCAAUGAUGACCACCAGAUUCAGGAGACACCCCUCAUGUUCUCACGCUGCAGUUCCCUGGGAUCUUUGAGCAGUUUCGAUGCAUAUUCUGUGCACAGUUCUGUGAUUAGUGACUAUAGUCGCAGAGCAAGUGAAGUUGUUUCUCCGAGUGAACUACCAGACUCGCCGAGUGAAACAAUGCCACCCAGUCCAUCAAAGAGCCCAGACCCUGAGCUGCAACAAAACUCCAACAAUGCUCAGAAACUUGAGAGCUUUAUCGAGGGCACACCAAAGACUGUGCUUUUUCGUCCGUUGCCAACUAAAGUAUCAAAUGAUAACAAAAUGGCUAACAUAGAAAUCGCUUCAACCAUGAGUCGUGAUGAGGCUCCAGUUGUUUACGCAGAUGAAGGGACUCCACCACACAUGUCAGAAACUAACAGUGUCCUAAGCACGCUGACCAUAGAUGAUGCAAACAAAGCCAAAGCCACAGAUAAAACUAAAAUGGAGAAGACUGUAGUUAAUGGUAACCUGAAGCCAGAGGAGGAAUCGGAUGACAAGGAGAACUCGCAGUCCGAGGUGUCUGUGUAUGAAGAGGACAUACUGAAGGAGUGUAUCCGUACAGCCAUGCCACGCAAACCACGGCGCAGCUCCUCCGACAAUGCCCUAAAAAAGAAGACAAUCAGCAACACUGACAAUCAGAACAAGAUGUCUCAGUCAGUGGAGGGAAUCAAGCCGGCACCUAAAUCCAAGCCAGGUCCCAGUCACCACUCCUCCGUCAGCCACCACUCCUCUGUUAGCGAGGAGAGCGAGGCAGACUGUGUACGUACAUACGCCUCGGAAGAUUUCCCAACUCAAAGUCAAAUGCAGAGGCAAAAAGGGGUUCCUAGUAAAGUCACCAAGCCAAUGUUAAAUGAAAAAGUUGUCAAUGAAUUUAGUGCAGACAGUAUUAAACCUUUUGCUGAGGAAGAUGUUCCUUUUAGUGAAAAAAUGAAGAAAUCUAUCAAAACACCUGUGAAACCUCAGAUUCCUAAAAAUAGUUCCUGCCCAGUGAUCACCAUGGAAGAAAAUUUAGACAGUGUAACUUCCUAUGCAAGUGAAGGCCAGCCAUCCUCUAAACCUGUUCAAGCAGCAAAGCAUUAUAAAAAGGUCAAAGAAAUUCUUAAUGGUAAAUUGGAUGUAUUGGAGUCACAUGAUGACGAUGUUAAGCUUUAUGCAGAUGAAGACACACCAUUUCAAGGAACAGUCGCCAUGCCUGCUCGCCAUAGUGAAAAUAAGCCACACAUUCUACAGAACACUGUCAGAUUUAAUCCUGCUCUACUUUCACAGAUGGACUACCUGUUUGAUGAUGAAGAGGCUCCGAGGUCAUAUGCAAUGGAAGACACUCCAUACAACCUGUCUGAACCCACCUCACCAAAAAACACAGUGAAGAAGGCCCCACCUCCUGUUCCUCAAAAACCAGUCCGCCCUAACAAUGUACCAAAGUUUAACCCUUCACUGCUGUCACAGAUACAAGAUGUUCCUGAUGAUGAUGCUCCAAAGUCAUAUGCAGUGGAGGACACACCAUAUAACAUGUCAAAGCCUACGUCUCCCACCCCUAAAGUGCAGAUUAACAGCCCACCAAGCACAGAGUCAGCCCAGCCAGUGUGCCUUGUCAAACCUAUGGUACAUGUAGAGGACCCAGCUACUUACUGCGAGGAUACAAUGAAAACCUACGCAACAGAGGACACCCCAAUUAACUUCUCCCAUUCUACUUCUCUCAGUGAUUUAAGUAUUAUAACAGGAAUGUCAGAGCCAAUCAAAGAGGAGGAGCCAGUUACAGAGAAAGCUGAGGCUCAAGAGGUUCCUAAAACUGAGGAACCCGAGAAAGAAGAGGAAGAAGAAGAGGAAGAUAAAGAUAAGUCAGCUGAUCUGAACGAUUCCAAGUCGGACUCCUCCUACAGUGAUGGAAGUGAAGAUCUCUUGUCUGACCUCAUACAGUCUGCGAUGCCUAAAGGGAGGACCUCACCCAAAGCCAAGGUCUCCAGAAAACUGGACAUGGAUAGAGCCGCCGAGGGAGCCGAGUCAAAGUUCCAACCUCAGCGCACCUCCAGUGUAGUGACAAAAGAUACAAAAUAUACUGCACAAAGUAAAAAAGAGAAGACAUCAAGUGAUAUCAGCAGUACUUCUGAGAUGCCAUCAAGGAUACAAUCCGUAAACACCAGUGAGAUAAAAGUGUCCUGUAGAACAUUCAGUCACAAUACAGAGGGUGGGGAUGACUCUGUGUUCUAUCAUACAACUGAUUCAAUGGACUCUGUCAAAGUGUAUGAUGUAGAAGGGACUCCCAUAACAUUUUCUAGGAAUGACUCCCUGAGCUCCUUGAGUAUUAUUGAUGGUGAUGUGAAGCAAACAAGUAAAACAGAAGCAUCUGAUUCUGCCAAGAAAAUGCCUCCACCAGCAUACAUCCCGAAAACUGAGAAGUCAGAGAUAGGUCUGCAGAGGGAAGUGGAAGGACAGUCCAGUGAUGAAGUGUCUGCUGCCUCUGUACAAAACGCUGAUGAAAAAUCACUAUCCAAUGGUAACAAGUCAAACUCAGAUGAUGAUGAUGACGAUGCUGAUGAUGAAGCACUACUAGCAGCUUGUAUGAAUUUAGCAUUACCAAAGAGUAAAUCUUCAACUUUUGCAGAAAAAUCAAAAUCUUCAUCCAAACCACUGAAAUCAAACCAAGUCAUGACUGGUUCUAAAAGUUUCAAUUCCUCAUUUUCCUUUGAAAAAUCAAAAAAAUCAACAACAUCAAAAAAGACUGGCGAAAAUCAUAAACAUAGAAUGAACAAAAGUACAUCGUCAGUGGAAGGUCAUUUGAACCUGAGUAUUGGGAGUGUUACGUCCCACCACUCCCGGGCAGCAGACUGGCAGGUGCACCAGACCCUCAAUAUGUCUGACGAUUUCACCUUCGCUAAGCCAUCUGCUAACUACAGGAGAGUUCGUCCUCAUCAGGGAUCAUGGAGAAGAUCCAGAUCACAGGACAGUGAUGGGUUCCUGAAGCAGCAGAAAGAAAACACCAACAUGGAGCUGGCUUAUAGCAAUGGAGGCCCAAGGGUUCAACACAGAGGAUCUGCUCAGUCUAUCCCAAGCUAUGUUGAUGUAUAUGUUGACAACAGAUUUAUUGAAGAGCAACGUACUUACACUCAACACAAAUAUCAUUCAGAAAACCAUCAAGUGAUGCAGAGUUUUACAAACCGAAGUGUUGAAAGAGCUGAUCAGGGGCAGGCAAGGCAUUAUACAAAUGCAGAAACCCAUAAGCGAAGUCACAGUGAGAAUCGAGAAAAAUCGGGAAGACAGCAGCAUAAUCAAGCCAUCUAUGAUUCACAUGUCAAAAGGAGACAUCACAGUGAACAAAACAGGACUGAAAAAUUCUCUGUGGCCAAUGUACACACACAUGUACCUGCACCCCAAGAGGAGAUUGACAGCUUGAACAGAUCAAUUUACCAAAUGGAGCACAACAAUGAAGCCCUGACCUAUGGUAUAGGGAUAGACAACUUUGGUUUUGGUAUUGGAGGCAGUCAGGAGGAGAUGUGUGAGGAAGAGAGACUGGACAGUGCUGAUGUCACACUACGAGCAGCCAGUGGAAAUAACACCAUGACAAACGACUCCAUCAAUCAGAAUGACUCUAUCAUCCAUUAUGAUAAAAAUGCACUAUCUCCGGAGGAUGAACGGGCAUUACAUCUAGAUGCUAGUGCUGUUGUAACAGAGAUUCAGAAUAAAAGAAUGCUGGGCAGUGGAGUGGAUGAAGAUCUGUUUAUUGAACAUGAGACACUUUCUCUCGUGUCUGGGGGUUACAUGUCAGACACCCCUUCUGAUGCGUCCAUUACCUGGUCAGCUCACUCAGAGAACUACUCUGAAUCUACCCUAGAGGAAACCUCUGUAGCCUCCAGUGGACCUAGGGUGGUAAAGCCAGACAACAGAGGCACCACUAUUUCAAAUGACAGUAAGGCCAUCAGAGGAAAGAGGAAGCCCUUGUAUAGUCGCUCCAAUUCUACAACUUCCCAGAAGUCUGAUACACCAAACAGGAUGGUCAAACCAACUACAGCUAAUACUAGAAUUUCACCUGGAGGAAGAGGUGGUUUUGUCUCAGCUGGAGCCACUAGAAGGCCACCACAAACUAGGACUCAUCCUCAGGCAAGCAGCACCCCAACCAAAAAUACCCCACCUAAACCAAAGAUACAAAAAUCAUCACCACCGCAGGGCAAGACAACAGCGAGAGUCUCUAAUACCAAAGAGAGUCCAUCCCGACUCCCUCUUGCUUCAAACAGAAAAAAUUCAGCCGAGCGACCCAAACCUCCAAUCAAACAGGGCACCUUUACAAAGGAAGCCUCAGCCGUGAAAGUACCGGUCAUAGAUGAUUCAGUGAAUGAAAACAGUUACGAUACAAGUAUUGAGGCAGUUAAAAAUGAGACAAACAAACAAGGCAAAUCCCCUGGAAUGAAAAACAGUGAAGGAACUGAAUCAUGGAAAAAAGCAUUAGCUUCCUAUAAUAUGGUCAUUGACAAUGUUGCUGAUGAAAAGAAAGAAAACCUAACGCCAAACAGAAAAUCUAGUGUCACGAACUUGAAUUCUAAAAAAUCUGGAAGUGGAAGUAAUCUAUCUGCUACUAAGACAAAAACAGGCACCUCUCCUGCCAACAAAAGCACAGUGAAGACAGCUAGUAGGGUGAACAGUACAAGUAAUCUGAAGAAGGCAUACAGUGGAACAUCACUGACCAAAUAUGGAAGUGGUGCUUCAUUGAACAAGUCAGGCAGUGGCAGCACUCUCAACAAGUCUGGAAGUGGUCAGCUCCUGAACAAAUCAGGAAGUGCAUUACAUAAGCUUACUGGGAGUGAUCGUGUAUUAAACAGGGGUGGAUCUAAUCCAAAUUUGGGACGUUUAAACAGCAGUAAACCUGACUUAAAGAAAUCAGACAGUAAUGCCAGUCUCCGCAAUAAUUCACGACCCUCUACACCUGUGGGAAGAAGAACUUCAGCUGGCUCUGUACAGGGGAGAAAGUCAGAGAGUAAUACAAGUAAAACUGUGACUCCAUCAGAGAAGAAAGCAGGUGCCCCUAAGAAACAGGUAGGGAGUAAGAUUGCUGGACUGUGGAAGAAGGAUGAUUCUACUGACACUCCAUCACCUCGCACAUCAACCUCAAAAUUACCAGUGUCAACCACCCCCUCCAGACAGAGAAACAUAUCAACACCAGGGGUAAAAAAGUCUUCCAAUGCUUCACUGCAGUCACUGAACAAAUCCAUGAAUUCUGCUGAAACUCUGAACGAAGGAAUAAGCAGGAGUUCAACCUACGAUAAAAUCAACUCAACUAUGGACUCUAGCCAGCUGCCUUCUCUAGAUAAAGAAGACGAUGCAGAGAACGUGACAAUAGAACUCACAAAGUCCAGUGUUGUCCUUGGGGAUGAAAUCAAAGGUGAUUAUGUAGAACUGAGAAUCAUCCAGGGUUCUGAGUCAGACUUUGAUAUGAACAAAAGUAUUGUGAUAAAAAGUCCAAACAAAAGUAAAAGUGACUCAGAUUCUAUUACAAGUCCAUCAGCAGCCUCUGUGAAGAGCCAGUCAUCUGAGGAGUUUGACUUGAAAUCUUUAGAGAAAAGAAUUGAUUCAAGCACCUGGAAGAAGAAAAAGUCUGAUCUUGUUUCAGUAAACCUUCCAAAUGCAGAUGAAACCAGUAAAUCUUUAGAAGCUGUGAAGGCCUUAUUAGAUGCUUCUUUGGCAAGUGAGUCCUCCAACAUGACUCUGUCAUCCUCGUUCUACAACACGUCCAACAUACAGGGAAGCUACCUCAGCCAGGGCAGUCGCACCGUCAAUGGGACCGCCUGGCGCCGCUACAAGCAGGAGUCCUUUGCCAGUGUAGACCACAGUGAGGAUGAGGGAGACAGCAUCUGGGUCAGACGAGACGCCGAGUCAUCAAAGUCCGAGCCAGAGCUCAAUAAACACUCACUCAAUCCAAAGAAAGACAAGAAGGAGAAAGCAGAUGGCAAGAGUUUCCUACCGAUCAAAGCCAUGAAAAGUGUGUUCAGCUCAUCAAAGAAGGAUAAAUCAUCAAAAUCUGGAUCGAAGUUGUCACUGAGUUCCUCCAAGGAAAGCUUACAUAGUAACAAGAUAAACAUGAAUGAAAUAGUAAAAGCUGUAGAAAAGGAACGAGAGAAAGACAAGGAAAGAGAGAAGAAAGAAAAGGCCAAACAGAAAGAGAAAAUUGCUUUAGAAAAAGCUAAAGCAAAGGAAGCAGCUAAACUUGAGAAAGAGAAGGCCAAGAAUGAGAAGGAAAAGGCAAAGAUGGAAAAAGAAAAGGCAAAGGCAGAGAAGACGAAAAACAAUAAAAAGAGUGAUUCCAGGAAAAGCUCCGUGGCUGAUGAGAGUUUUAUAUCAAAGGACUGUGACACGUCAAAAACUCAGGAGGUGUUUAGCUUUGUGAACCACAAGGCUAGUCCACCCCAAGCUGCACUGGUACAGCCAUUUAAUUACACACCAAAGGACAGUGAGAAACACGUGAAUGACUCGGUGGUAUCAGAGACAUUAGACCAAAGCUUCAGCAGACCAACAACCUCCACUGCCACGACAACAGGGACACAACCAAACACUCACCUGACCAAGACUGAGAUGCUGCUCGCUAGAAGGAGGAUGAACAGCAUUAAUAAUACAGAGGGAGAGGGGGAGGAAGGGAAGAAGAAGACCGGAUGUAUGGUCACCACUGUGUAACCUGUGUCGCUGUUGUCAUUUAACUUGGUUACUACAUGUACAUGGAAUUUCUACUGCUGAUGUAUUACAGUUAAAUGCAGCUAUAGUGAAUGUGCUUACAAUGAAUUAGUGCUUAUAAAAAAAGUGAUUUUCAUUCUAAAAAUGCAUUUAAACUAAAUUAAUAUAAUGAAUUAUGUUAAUAAUGAGUCAAAAUGGGUUCUUUGUCCCUGGCACUUCACUCUAUGUGUGUUUUAUUGUAUUUACUUAUACCAAUAAUCUAUCAGUUUUCCAAGAUUUUCAACUAUAUGUCAACCAUAGGUUGUAUCAAGUGAAGAAUAUCUUUUACUCUUUUUAAUGAAAGUCCAGUCUUCUUUUUUGUAAACACAUCUGAGAUGGAUUUUUACAUUUUGCAAUUAUAAUAAUAUUCUUAGUUUUUCAAUUGAUAUUUCAUGAUUUUACAGAGUGAGUACUGCAGUAUCAUAAGUUUAAACUAUGAUAAAGAACUUUAAGAAAAAAAUAUUAUCACAUGGCAGUAUACUAUGAAAGAAC